AAAGCACCAUUCAUACUGUUAUGGCAUAUUCCUAGUCGGAUUGGAUAUCAAGUGGGAAGGUGUUUCGAUUUAUCAAUUAAAUUGGUGGGACCAGCCUUGAUACUUCUGGCGUUCUCCCUAUACGGUUUUUGUACCUACACCUACUUCGCGGUAAUCGUCUACUAUUACAAUACAGCUUGGGUCUGGUUAGGGGCUACGGCCAUUGGCCUCUUCCUGCUAAUCAAUAUGAUAUACAACUAUGUCAAGGCCGCGGGGACCUCUCCUGGAGUGCCCCCAGUGUGCGAUCCCGAGGCCCCAUCCGGGAGCGAGAACGAUGUCGAAGAGCUUGCCCUUAGGAAUGCAUUACAGCUACGGUUGGCCAAGAAUGGCAGAGUCUAUCAAGGAUAUGCUAAUAAUGACAGUUCUGAUGAUGACGGCCCAGCAAAGCCCCCUCCACCCUCCUCUCUGACGGCUCCCUUUCCGCUGUGUCGGAAGUGCAACCGAUAUAAACCGGCCCGAGCCCACCACUGUUCAGUAUGUAAAGUAUGCGUACUGAAGAUGGACCAUCACUGCCCAUGGCUGAACAAUUGUGUAGGGCAUCGGAAUUACAAGUACUUUUACCUCUUCCUACUCUACCUAGAGUUAUGCUGCCUUUUUGUCAUUCUGCUGUUCUUCGACCCUUUCAAUGCGGCGAUGUUCCCAGCACGAGGAGCUCCCCGAUGGGACAUCUCCAUUGGCUAUAAACAAGCAGUAGCUAUGUCCUUCGUUAUAUGUCUAGCGAUAGCCAUUGCGGUUGGUACUCUCCUCGGCUUUCACACUUACUUGGUGUUAACCAACCAGACUACGAUAGAUUUCCAGUCCAACGUACAGGAGGCUCGACUGGCAAAGCAGCAGGGGACACUUUUCAUGUAA